AUUUGUGGGAGGGGCUAGUCAGCGCUAGGUCGGGACUACGGUGACUGAACCCAGAAGGCGGGGAGCAGUUGUCCUCCGCUGCACGAGGCGACUCUGGAGCUCUGUGACGGUGCCCAGCGUGUCCCACUCCUGGGACAGGAUAGGGACCGCCGUGCCCAUAUCUCCUGGCUGGUCGCCCUCUCCUCUGGACCCUGCUUCAAACCGCGUGGUUCGAUGGCGGCGGCGGCCACGCUGAGGCUCUCAGCUCAGGGCACAGUGACUUUUGAAGACGUGGCUGUGAAAUUUACCCAGGAGGAAUGGAAUCUCCUUAGUGAGGCUCAGAGAUGCCUGUAUCGUGAUGUGAUGCUGGAGAACCUGGCACUUAUAUCCUCCCUGGGUUGUUGGUGUGGAGUGGAAGAUGAGGCACCUUCUAAGCAAAGUAUUUAUAUACAAAGAGAGACUCAGGUCAGGAUUCCUAUGGCAGGUGUGUCUCCCAAGAAGGCCCACCCCUGUGAGAUGUGUGGCCCUAUCUUAGGAGACAUUUUGCACAUGGGAGAUCAUCAGGGAACACAUCACAAGCAGAAACUGCACAGGUGUGAGGCCUGGGGGAACAAAUUGUAUGACAGUGGAAACUUUCAUCAACACCAGAAUGAGUACAUUGGAGAGAAACCCUACAGAGGCAGUGUUGAGGAAGUGUUGUUUGUGAAGAGGUGUAAGUUCCAUGUGUCAGGGGAGUCAUCUGUCUUCAGUCAGAGUGGGAAAGACUUUUUGCCCAUUUCAGGAUUACUCCAGCAGGAAGCCACUCACACUGGGGAGAAGUCAAACAGCAAAACUGAGUGUGUGUCUCCCUUUCAGUGGGGGGGAGCUCACUAUAGCCAUGGAGAAUCCAUGAAACAUUUUAGCACCAAACAUACACUCAGUCAGCACGAGAGACUUCUCCCUAGAGAAGAGUGUUAUGUGUGCUGUGAAUGUGGGAAAUCCUUUAGCAAACAUGCUAGCUGUAGUAAUCAUCAGAGAGUUCACACUGGUAAAAGACUUUAUGAAUGUGGAGAAUGUGGGAAAUCCUUUAGUCAAAAGAGAAGCCUCAUUCAACAUCAGCGAUUUCACACUGGAGAAAAACCUUAUGAGUGUGAAGAGUGUGGGAAAUCUUUUAGUUCAGAAGGACAUCUUAGGAGCCAUCAACGAGUUCACGCUGGAGAAAGACCUUACGAGUGUGGAGAAUGUGUGAAAUCUUUCAGUCAUAAGCGCAGUCUUGUUCACCAUCAGCGAGUUCACACUGGAGAAAGACCUUAUCAGUGUGGAGAAUGUGGGAAAUCUUUCAGUCAAAAGGGCAACCUCGUUCUACACCAGCGAGUUCACACUGGAGCAAGACCUUAUGAGUGUGGAGAAUGUGGGAAAUCUUUUAGUUCAAAAGGACACCUUAGGAACCAUCAGCGAGUUCACCCUAGAGAACGACCUUAUGGGUGUGGAGAAUGUGGGAAAUCUUUUAGUUCAAACGGGCACCUUAGGAGCCAUCAGCGUGUUCAUACUGGAGAAAGACCUUAUGAGUGUGGAGAAUGUGGGAAAUCUUUUAGUCAUAAGCGCAGCCUUGUUCACCAUCAGCGCAUUCACACUGGAGAAAGACCUUACAAGUGUGGAGAAUGUGGGAAAUCUUUUAUUGAAAAAGGACACCUUAGGAGUCACCAGCGAGUUCACACUACAGAAAGACCUUUUAAGUGUGGGGAAUGUGGGAAAUGUUUUAGUCACAAGGGUAACCUCGUUCUACACCAGCAUGGCCAUAUGGGAGGAAGGCCUUAUGUGUGUAGGGAAUGUGGAAAAUUAUUUAAGAAGAAGUCUCGCCUCCUUGCACACCAGAGAAUUCACAAUGGAGAAAAGCCAUAUGCUUGUGAAGGUUGUCAGAAAUUUUUUAGGCACAAGUACCAACUCAUUGCACAUCAGAGAGUUCACACUGGAGAAAGGCCUUAUGAAUGCAAUGAUUGUGGAAAAUCAUUUACCCACAGCUCUACGUUCCAUGUUCAUAAGCGAAUUCACACUGGAGAAAAGCCUUAUGAGUGCAGUGAAUGUGGAAAAUCUUUUGCUGAAAGCUCCAGUCUCACUAAACACAGGAGAGUUCACACUGGAGAAAAGCCUUAUAAAUGUGAGAAAUGUGGGAAAUUAUUUAACAAGAAGUCUCACUUCCUUGUACAUCAGAAAGUCCACACUGGAGAAAAGUCAUAUGAGUGUGAGGAUUGUCAGAAAGUUUUUAGCAAGAAGGACCACCUCAUUGCACAUCAGAGAGUUCACACUGGAGAAAAGCCAUAUGAAUGCAAUGAUUGUGGGAAAUCAUUUACCCACAACUCUGCAUUCCGUGUUCAUAAGAGAGUUCACACUGGUACACGACCUUAUGAGUGCAGUGAAUGUGGGAAAUCCUUUGCCAAAACUUUCAGUCUCAUUAAACACAGGAGAGUUCACACUGGAGCAAGGUCUUGUGAUUGCAGCAAAUGUGGAAAAAAAGUUACCUGAAGGUCUUCUCUCUUUGAACAUCAGAGUUCACACUAGACAAAUGAAAUACAUUUGGGCGAUUUUGUAGCCACACCUCUGUGCUCCUUCAGCAUCAGAGAGUUAACACUGGAUCAGGGCCUUACCAGUGUGACAAAUGUGAGAUAUUUAUGUAGAAAUCUAGCUUCAUAAUACACAGGAGACUUACCACUGCAGAAACGCUUUUUGAAUGUAUUGAAUGCAAGAAAGGCUUCAGCCUUCUUAUUAGAGCCUCAAACAUUGUCAUGAGAAAAACACAAUAGAUGUAUAUGGAAUGUUACUUCUUUUUCAAUGUAACAUUCGAGGAGCUCCUUUGAGGGUGCCACCUGCCUAGAUUGAAUGUCAUUUAUUGAGAAUCUGCAAAAGUUUCAAGCAUGGGGCAGCUACAGUACAUUUUUCACUCUACCCAGGUGCCUUGCUAGAUUUUUUUUUGAGAUAGUGUGUCACUCUGUCGCUCAGGAUGGAGUGUAGUGAUGUGUUCACAUUUCUUGAUCUCCUGGACUUGUGAUUCUCUUGCCUCAGCCUCUUGAGUAGCUGAAACCACAGGCAUGCACCACCAUGCUCCACUAAUUCUUUAAGUUUUGGAGAGACAGGGUCUCACCAUGUUGCCCAGGCUGGUCUUCAACUUCUGGACUCAAGUGAUCUUUCCACCUUGGCCUCCAAACAUGCUGGGAUUACAGGUGUGAGUUACUGUGCCUCACUUUUUUUUUUUAACUUUUAAUUUCUGAUCUAGUCACAGAAGGAUUUGUUGAGUAGCUUCAGCACUUCUUCCUUUGUCAUUUUUUUCUGUCUGAUAAGUCGUGCCAUGGACCUUACCCAUUUUUAUCCCAGAGGCCUCUUAUGUUGACUUGAAAAGAUGAACUAUGUCUUUCAGAGAU